AUGAUUGCCCCCAUUGCCGCUGUCGGUCUCGCCGGCCUCGCCGCCGCCGCUCCCACCGUCCCCGCCCCCGUCUACCCCGAGUUCACCACCUCCAACGCCUUCAACCUGGUGCUCAACGUGACGGACGCCAGCAAGGACCUCAGCCCCUCGGUGCACGGCAGCUUCAUCACCUCGAUCCACGUCGGCCCGCCCUUCAACUACGUCGGCCAGACCGCCGACGCCGGCUCCGCGCGCACCUUUUACGUCAACGGCACCGGCCUCGAGGUGCGCUUCGGCAACUCCAACACCGUCUCGGACGGCGGCAGCCCGCCCUUCCCCGAGGUGCUCUCCCUCGUCAAGGACGAGGGCUCCGAGACGCUCUCGACGCUGUUCCUCAACGCCGGCAACGGCGGCGAGGGCAACUACCGCAUCGGCGUGACGGCGUUCCCCAACCCCAUCCCCGAGCUGUACCCGACCACGUACGUCGCGUGCAAGGAGCCGCUCGCGUACUACGGCGGCAAGGAGUUUGUCGUCAUCAAGCAGGCGCAGACGACCGUCACCAAGGACGGCAAGAUGGAGCACAACAUCCCCGAGGGCUGCGCGCCGCUCCGCCUGCUGCCGCAGUGCGCCAAGCUCAACGACCUGCCCGCCGGCUCGCAGUCGAGCCACGACCUGGCGGCCACUGUCAACUGCUACAAGGAUGUCAGCUCGAUUGACUGGUCCAAGUACAGCUCCGCUUAA